UGUAAGUGGAAGUAUGUGCGUUUACAUUUGAUUUAAUUUUUAUUAUUUAAGACCCAACAGCUUAAAGGCCAUUAACAAGGUCAUCAGUGAUACAAACACAUAGGUUGACGGAAGUGGUAAUACUGUGUAAACAUUUGUUGAUUUAUGCUGCAUGUAAAGAUGAUAAGAUAACAUUAUGCACAUUAUAAUAUAAAAUAUUGAAAUAAAAAAAAAAUAAAUACCAUAUAGAUCGCACUACUACAUACAUCGAAAUUGAAAGUUACAAAAAAAAUUUGAAAAAUAGUUGGCCCUGUUUUGCAUUGAAAUAUGCCAACGAAUUCCCAACUGAGUCCUGAUGUGGCGAAACUAAUAAAGCUAAUGAUAAAAUUUGAUAAGCUAGUAAGCAAUUUUGUGGCCAAUAAUCCAUACUUUGAAGAUUGGUCCUGCUCAAUAUCUAGCCCAGGAGACAUAGGAUCUUGUAAAAUUCCAAUGAAAAAAGACCUGCCUGACACUAUAAGGAUGAAAGGAAAUGUUGAAUAUGCCGGAUCUACAGUUAUAAAGUUUGAUAUAACUUUUUGCGAAGCAUUUGAAAAUGAAGAAUUUGCUAAAGAUAUUCUUAACCAUGGAAUACCGAAAGGCAAAUUCCCUCAGCAAUGUCCAGUCAAAGCGGGCAUGGAUUAUGAAAUAAGCAAAUAUAAAUUUCCGAAAGAAAAAUUACCACCAGUUGGUUUACCAGAUGGUGACUUUUCUGGAGACAUCCAUUUGUAUGAACCAGGCAAAGAUCCUUAUGCAUCUGUAAACUUCGAAGGGAAAGUGUUUAACGAAUUACCCAAAAUUCCUGGAUUUGGACGUUAAUCAUUAAUUGAUUUCGAUUUUUGAUGAUAUCCACAUGGCAAUGAUUUUAUGAUUUUUUAGUAGUAUUUGUAGUGCUUAUAUAAAAAUAAUUAUCAUAAUUAUUAUGAUGAUAAUACUUGCUUAUGUAGUUAAAUA